AGCCGAGGGAGCUAUAGUGGUUUUAUAGUACGUGAUGCCAUCAAAAUGUUCCGAAUUGUGACUUUUAUUAGCGGGUAGAAGUCAACCCUUUGGGAGGAACGAAGAGUGAUUGUUAGUGCAUAGCGGCUUGUGAGUUUACGCUGCGUCGGUGUACCUACGGGAAAUUUUAUUUAGUGCAAGUGGAUUCUUAUGGUGCCAAGGCAUUGGAAAACAGUGUGUAACUAAUUAAAAAACAUGAAUCGUACCAAAAGUAAAAACCAACGGAAGGCGAACUCAAAACCGGCGAAGGGAAACUGUUCAGAGCAGGUUACCCAAGCGCCGGACCAAAGUGGAAUGAUGACGACGACGGCGACGACGACGCCGCCAAGGGGCAAAGCGAGUCAUCGUAGUGGAAAACAGGGAAGUAAAUUCAAGAAUGUUUCUGCUAAGGUGGACACGGGUCGCUCGACUGACGUGAAACCAACCGAAUGUAAACAGCAAGAUGAACCAGUGAUUGACCUACCACAAAAGAUGGAAAGGGCAAACAGUUUUAGUCUUACGCGUAAACUGUCUAAAAUCUACCACAAACUCAGUGCGAGUCGUGAAAGUUUGACUUCUAGUACUGGAGAAGAACCUACUAAACCGUUUCAGUUUACUCGAAGUCUCAGUUUAUCCUCUAUCCAACUAAAGAAGAACUACAGACGUAGUCAAAAUGAAUCCAAUCUGGUGAAACUACACGAGGAUGCUAUUUUAGAGCACGCUGAACAUAAUGACGAGCCGCCUCCUGUACCGGAUCGAAGAUCAGUGCCUGUGAAAGUAGAAGUUCCUAAACUUGAACGUUCAAACAGUAUUAUUGCUUCCUUCCGUCGGAAGAUCAGUUUUCGAUCCGAAAGUAAACCAAAAAUGCCAUCCAAGUGGAACACUUCCCUUCAAAAUCUGCGCCAAGAAGACUACAUGGUCAGCUAUCAUGACCUUAGUUUUGUUGAUUACGACCAGUUCAACCAAUACGAGACCCAUCUGGAGCGAAGAUUAAGUGCAAGUCAGAGUGAUUUAUCCGCGAGAAGACCUGCGUCAAUUGCUUCCUCAUUACCUAUAAAUGAAGCGUCCAAUGUUUCGGUAAUCAAACGACGUCAAAAAACGGAUCACGACCUACGGCGGAAGACGCUGGUUCGACACAGUUUCGAUUUUGAAAACAAUCUAGACCUGGACAAAAACCUAUACCGCAACAGUAUCGACGACGAGAAGUUGAAAUUCCUGAGCAAAAUAAACCGCAAAUCGUUUCGUUGGAGUGCGAAUGUCGAACGCGAUGUGGACGCCCUCAAUUUGGAUAGUUUGGAUCAGUUAAAUGUGACGAAGAAGCCUUCCGAAGUUCUUGUGCACUCUGUAUCGGCGGAAGGGGCACUCGAUGUGUGUGAUAGUGGCAUGGUGGAUGGGGGUGAAAGUGAAAGGGUUGUUGAGAAGCAAAAGAGCUCGCCAGAUAGUUCAAGUGUAGGGUAUGUGAGCCGCAGCGAGAGCAUGAAGCGUUCAAAAUCUUGCAACGACAACACUGUUGAAAUGAACCGGCCGUUUGAACAGGUGAGUGCACAUUUAUUGGGGGAGUAGGAGGCCAGCAAUAAAAUAACUUCAAGCUUAGCAGCUCCAGACGGGAAGGGUAAUCAAUGUAGAAAGGCAUUUUCAUCGAUAAGAAUGGAAUGUUAUCGUGAAUGAUUCAAAUUAUCAAUUUUAAAGCGAAAUUACAAAAAAAAAAAGUUGGCUGCCGAAACACAAGCUGUAAAAAAAAGAUAUCAAUGUACUGUAACAUAAAAGAGCCACAGCGUGGCACAUGUUACAUGUUACAGCCCCUGGCUUCUUUAUAAGUGUUGAGAUAAUUCCAUAUUCGGAAUGCGUACGCGUAACUGGACCGGAACCCAAAUUUUCAUAAAUCAAUUUUUAAGUUUGUAUGAAAGCGAUUUAAUGAAUUACCCCUUAUUGGGUUUUGUACUGGGUGGAGCCGUCAAGCGGUUGCGUAGCUGUCAAAAGGCAAUACCAAAAAAUCUCUUUGUAAUGAAUUUUAAGUGUCAAAAAAGCUCUAAAAUUCUCAAAAAAAAAUCACAGAGGCAUUCGUAAACAAAUAAUUAAAUUGUUUUCAAAUUGAAAAAUCCAAUUGCAGUGUUUAACCUCUUGUUAAAUUUAACCUGGUCGUUCUCAGACUUAUUUACAUUGGAGUAUUGCCAUAGUUUAUUAUUUAUUAGUUUAUUUCUUUUUUCUCAAACCGUAUGAUACGAAAGAUGUACCGUAAACCGGAGCCAAAAUGAUCUUUCUUUCUGUUGGAUAAAGUGUACUUUAAAUAGCAUUCCUUGCAAAUAUCGUAUUGUACGUGGAAUCAGCCCGACUCUUGAAGAGAAAUUAUUAACGAAUUUCGCGCCAACUCGACCAGCGAUUGGCAGCACCCUCUCAGAAUCGAACGAAACUUGGUGAGCAUAAACAAUAGGCCUUUCUAUGCAACUGUGCACACUUUGUUUUUGGAAAUUUGUCAGGAGUAAUAUUUGAAGAGGGCCUAAUUUUACCUACAUUUUCUCCAAACAAUGUUGCUGUGACAUAUUUAACAAAAAAAAGUUUUUCUAACAAAAACGUUUUCAUAUCUACAUUGAGUGAAUAUUUUACAUCGUGCUUCGUGCCAACAUGGCUAUAUGUAGGCAUAUACCUAUAGUCAUAUAGUUUUCCCAUUACAAGAUUCAAGCUCAUUGAGCGCCUCCUUAGGAUGCAGCCAGAGUAGACACGUCAAGCGACGCGAUGCGGCGCAGCGCGAUUUUAACGCGAUUGCCAACGCGACUUGAUAGCCACAGUGAACGCGAUGCAACGCGUCUGUGCGCAAAAUGUUUUUAUUUAGUUUCCAUCACAUUUUCAGUAUUCAAUGAUUUACGGUACGGGACACAGAGUGAAAUGCUUUCCGAUAGUUUUGUGAUGAAGAUCAAUCACAACAAACACGCAAAGCAAGCAAAAACUAAACGGUUAAUUGUGUCGAUUCGAAUUUAAAAACGGGAUAAUUUUCAUUCAGUAUAUCCAUUAAAAUCAUCAUUCAGCUGUGUUAUCUCUGUACGGUCGGGGUUUUCGUUCAGUGUAUUUGAUGUUUGGCGGUGCGAUAAUCGCAAAUUUGUUACAUUUAUCGGAAUUGCAGUUGAAAAACAUUGUAUUAAACCGUUUGCACCGACCGAUCGUCAACUGUACCUUUAAACGCCUGCUUUCUUUCCCCACAUGGUUUGCAUAACAUUUUUAGUACUGUAGUAUUUCCUUUCUGUCAUAUAUUAAACUGGUUCCGCGUCAUUUGGCCGAAUGCCACUUGGCCGAAUGCCGUUUGGCCGAAAAUAAAUGAUGAACUUAAGUGACCAUUAGGCCGUCCCUUAUUUUGCAAAAUUUAAAAAUGUUAUAAGUUCGUUAGUGGAAAAUGAUCGUUUUAGCUAAAAAAUGAUCGUGUCAAAAUUUGAAGUCCGUAUCUCAAGGCUAAGUGGUCCCUCAAGGGGCCUAAAGUUGUCAAAAAAUGUAUGGGACCAAAAAAACAUGAUUUUUUUUUUCGACAAAACAAAUACGCUAUUCCACUAAAACCGGUGAUUUUAGGAUCCUAAAGGGCGAAAAAUGUGCUUAGAUUUGCGCUAUCUCUACUCGUUUCCAA